AUGAAGUUGUCACUUUUUAUCACCUCUGCCAUUGCGGCUGCAGUCGAGGCACACGGCAUUUUCCAAAAAAUCUCGGUCAACGGCAACGCUAAAGGCUCGCUCGAGGGCCUGCGAGCGCCCUCAACCAACAACCCCGUGACCGAUGUCACCAGCACCUCCUUGAUCUGCGGCGCAGCCGGCACCACAUCGUCGGCAGUCAUUGCUGCCAACCCGGGCGACAAGAUCGGUGCAUGGUUCCAACACGUCAUCGGCGGCGCCCAGUUCCCCAACGACCCAGACAACCCGAUCGCGAGCAGCCAUCACGGCCCAGUGCUGGCCUACAUGGCCAAGGUUGAUAACGCGGCGUCAUCAAGCCACACGGGGCUCCAGUGGUUCAAGAUCGGACAGGACACAUUCGAUACAUCUUCGAAGAAAUGGGGCGUUGACAAUCUCAUCGCCAAUAAUGGAUGGGCAUACUUCAACCUGCCAUCCUGCCUUGCACCGGGCCAGUACCUCAUGCGAUUCGAGAUUAUUGCGCUCCACUCCGCGUACAGCAGGAACGGUGCUCAAUUUUAUUCCUCAUGUGCUCAGCUCAAUGUUGGUGGUUCUGGUUCGAAGACACUGUCCCCAGCCGUUUCAUUCCCAUUCUACGGGCAAGGCGAUGCCGGUAUUCAGACCAACAUCUACGGUGCAUCUGGACAGCCAGACAACAACGGCCAGCCCUAUGCCGCUCCAGGUCCGGCUGUAGCAACUUGCUAA